AUGUCUCAGGAAUCAGAAACAGAAAUUGUUUCCACUACUGAAUCUAUGAUGUCUGAAAACAAUUAUAAUGAUCUUGAAUUAAGUGAAUUGUUUAACGAAUUAAAGGAAUCCACAACCAAAGUUGAAACAGAAACUGAUGAAUUUACGAAAUUGAAGAAUAGAGUUGAUAACUUACCUAAAAUAACAAGUAAUUUAGAGAAAACUUUACAAACUAAAACCAAAGAUGUAGUUAAGAUUAAUGACCCAAUAGUAAUAAAACAAAAGAAAGAAGAAGAAACUGAUUCAGGUAAAGAAUGGUUUAAUAUGAAGCAACCAGAAUUAACUGAUUCAAUUAAAAGAGAUAUGUUAAUUAUUAAGAAUAGAAGUGCAUUGGAUCCUAAAAGACAUUACAAGAAAGAAAAAUGGGAGAUACCCAAGUUUUUCCAUAUGGGUACCAUCAUAGAGGGUAAUACCGAAUUCUAUACCAGACUUAACAAGAAACAAAGGGGUAAAAAUUUGGUAGAUGAAAUUUUACAUGAUGAUGAUUCACAAAAAUAUUUCAAGAGAAGAUAUAAUGAAAUUCAACAACAAAAAGUUAGUGGAGGUAAAAAUCAUUUCAAAAAAGUCAAAUCUAUGAGAAAGAAAUUUUAA